AUUUUCCGUGUGCAACCGUGAGAGCGACAUCGGAGCUGAGUUUGCUUUCGACUGCCUACUGUGGUGUGGUGGCUGUACAACGAAGAGCGCGUUCGCGAGAAAGAAUAUACGUUUCAUGUUAUUUUGACCCUGUGCGAAGCGCGGACCCGAAAUACUGCAAGCGACAAGGAAUACCAGAUAAAUAAUCUGUUCGGAACUUACUAGAGAGAAUGUCGGAUUCUAAUACCACGGAAUCGCCAACCGCUACGGCGGAAGUGGAGGCCAAAACGCCGACCAAGCGUACGCCAUCCAAACGUAAGGUCGAUGCAUUCCAGAAAGAAAGUGAGGAGUUACUGAAAAAUAUGGGCAUGGAUCCAUCCGAGGAAGGCGGACGUCGGCGCACGCGAGCCAGCACACGUGGAGUCAAUUCAACGCCGGCGACCCCACCGGCCAAGAAAUCCCGUGCUGCAGCUACUCCUUCCCGACGAGGCCGAGGGAAAAAGGGUGAUGACGAUGAGGAUAAGUCACCUGAAGUCGAUGCCAAGACUCCAAAGAAGCGUGGACGGCCGGGUAAAGACGACAAAGUUGAGGAGAAGAUGGAUGAGGAUGAGGAGGCAUUGGAGUCCAAGGACGAGGCAGAUGCUGAGAAAAACGAGGAAUCAAAGGUUGAGGCAAAUGAAGUGCACGAUGAGGCGGAUAAACAGGGCGCAGACACAACUAUCGCUGUUGUAAAUAGCACAAAUAAGAAAGAGGCAAAUAACGAAGAAAAGUCGGAGGAAGCUCCUUCCGAAAAAAUGGAAGAAAACGAUAAUGAAAAACCAGCACAUGAAGAAUGCGAGGCUGCUGAUGAUGAACACACAGAAGAAAAAUUAGGAUCAAAACAAGAAGAAACGACGACGCCAGAAUCCGCCUCUGCCGUUGAUGAUAACGAGGAAAAGCCGACUAAACCAGUAGAACCUGCGGAUAUAAAAACGACACCUGUGAAGGAACAAAAGCAGGAUGUUGAAUCGAACCCAGCCGAUGCUGCUGCAUCUGAAACAGACGGAAACUGCAGUUCGACGAACGCUAUAGAAGAAAACAAGCCCGAGGAUGACUCUCCAGCAACUGUUGAGGAGAAGGCGUCCGUCAACGAUGUAAGCAGCACAGAGUCGGAUGAAAAAUCGACGAAUGAUAUCGCACCUCUUGAGAAUAACGUGGAAGGAACAAAACUCGAGACUUCUGUAGAACCGAAGAUUGUAUCUUCAGAGGCUUCUGUCGAACCAACGGCAGCACAAUAGACAGUGGAAGCAACGGAUCCGCUCCUCUAGUGCACCUUAAACCGAGAUACAAUCGUUGAUCACAUCAUCGUUUCCUUCACGUCAUUCUGUUGGGUUAGAAAAAUGAAACAAACGCCCCGAACUAGCAGUAAUUAUCCGAUGACCACCACAACAACACCGGACGGACAACAGUAACAAACGCAUGGUGAUGGGAAGCGCUCAACGAGAAAAACUAAACGGCAAAAUAUCAACAGAUGACGAAUGUGCAUUUUCUCACGUAAUUACAGAUUUUCGUUUUUUGCUUCAUUACGCAAAAUUCUUUUGAAUUAAGGGUUUUGCUACUGAUUUUGACUAUUGACUUAAUUAUUUUCCGCUGCUCUACAAUGAACAGUUUUUCUUUGCAAAUUUCUCACACAUUGUUGAGAAGUCUUCGUUUACAUAACUUUUUAUAUACUUGGACCACCUUUUUUCUGUAAAUGGAUACAAAAGGCAAGCCAUUGUUUUUGGAGAAAGCUGUAAAAUAUACACUAAAUACAAUUCAAAUCAAGUAACACGCAACAGAUUGAUAGAAUUAGGCAAUAUGGAUGUUUUGUUUUCCUUUUUGUUUGUUCGGAAGGAUAAACAUAAUUUAACACUAAAUAUUAACUAAACACAACAUAUAGAAAGAUUUGAGAUGAUCAUAAAGCAUAAAAUCAUGUAACAGGUAAGCAACCGCAAACAUCAAACUUUCAUUCGAGCAACACUUUUGAAUGUAGGACUUAUAAUUUGCUGAUUUCUGUAAUUCCCCCCAUUUCCAAUCCACACAAUAGUAACGCUCUGUACCAGAAAUACCGUCUGGUCGCGCUGGUUUUUCCCUUAUAAAUGUAUACCUGAACUUAUCGUAUAUAAGAAUACUAGAAUAGAGGGAAAUAAUUGCUAGAAUUCGGCAGACAUGAGUAAAUUAAAUGAAUUAGUCUCUUUGUGAAGUUCUUCGACUACUUUAUACAAACAUACAACAUGAUUAGGGUCUUCAAAAGAACUUAGUUAUUUUUUGUAUUUGUUUAUAUCGGGUUGAAGCGGAUGAAUCAAAUUUCAGCUUAAACACUUUUGCCAUCCUAGAGAUAUAAUUUAUACGUUAAAAAGGAUUUACUUUACUAAUGGUAUAAAAACCAUGAAAAUAUAAAUAUAUGGAAAAUCUCACGGAAACCACCUUUUAUGAUUUUCGUCUACUUCAGUCUGUAGCAGAAAGCCCGAUAAAACGCAUACACAUUGACAUGUGCGCGGAUGUGUUAUGGCGCGUGUAAAAUGCAACAAAGAAUGGAUAAAAAGAAUAAAAAACAAAAAAAUAAAUCUUUUUAACUAAUGUAUAGGUUAUUUUAUUAUUGUGUCGAGGAUGAGACAGAGAAAGAGAGAUGAUAAAUAUAGAAAUAUGGACAAACAAUA